AUGAGGAUCCGGAUGUCGAGGAACCCGAGUUCAGCGGAUUCUUCCGGUAAUCAAGCUUCGAGUUCUUUGACGGCCGGCCUCGUUUCGCCGUCGUUCCCCCCCUCUACGUUUCGUCUUCGCAGUCAAGCGACUUCAAUGCCUUCCAGAGUAUCGGUAAAUAUGCAUUCUAGGAUAGACUUCUGUAUGAAAACUAUGACAAAUACCCACCAACCUCCUAAUAAAUUAUUGUUGAUUUGAUGUAGACGAAUCCUGCAUGGAGAGCAUAAUUCGAGUGGUCAAUUCGACAAUUGGAGGGGCCCAACCCAUCGAAAAAGCUCUAAAAUAUUUUCAAUUUAUUUUAUUUGAUUUGAAUAUGGGAGAGGUAAUAAUACUAUCGGUAUUCGUUGUAUGUAUUUAUUUUUUUUCAUCUUGUUACGAUUAUUUUUAUUUUCACUAUUUAUUUAUUACCAAUAUUUAAUAAUUUAUCAUAAAAAAAAAAAAAUGCAUAUGUUACAAUGUAAUCGUAGUUAUGUAAUUUUAAAAAAUUCAAUUAUUUUAAUAUUGCGCAGCAAAUGUAUAGGCGUAUUUAUUGUCACUUGCAUGAUCAGUUGGUUUGGUGGUAUUAUCGUAUUGGCGAUUCGGAAUUGGAGAUUGUUGGGAAACUUUAUGGAGGGUUUAUAGUCCUAGGGAUGAGACUGUAAGUGGUUUUCUAAGGUUUUAGUAUAAAUAAUUACACUUACACAAGUUAGAUUGCAUAAUAUAUGUUUUUUUUAGCAAUUUACCGGACGAUUGGAAGCCGAGUGCUAGAAUGGUUUUAAACCAUUUAGAAAAUUAUGAUAUAAAAUAUUUAAACUUCGCCCGAUCCGCGUUCAAACAAUUAAACCAAGAUUUACCGCCGGAGUAUUCACAUCUGAUCGAGGUGUUCAAAAAAAAAAAAAAAAAAUUACCGUUAAUGUAUUAUUUUAUGCAUAUAUACGAUUUCUCAGAAUAAUUAAUCGGAUUGAUAUUCGAUUCACAGAUUGAACAAUAUAGCAAAUAAUAAUAUAGUAGGCAACGGAAUGGUCAAUAAGUGUCGCAAAGUAUCAGAAACUCGCGGUAUUUACAAAACUCCGAUAAGAAUUACCUAA